GUUCUUAUUUCAUUCAUUCACAAGCAUUCGCUAUUACACAUUUCCACUUUUCUACAUUUUCCCUUGUUAAUCUGCACGCCAUGACCUUCACUUGCCCCUCUAACCUUUAUGCCUCAAUCUUUGAAACGACCAAGAAGUGCCGUGAAAAUAGCCAUAUCAAGAUCAACCGUGAUGGCAUCAACAAGUUUCUGACAGAGCUAACGCAAGAGUCUUGGUCCAAGCACUCGGUCGCCAACGGCAUGUCGUUCCCACUCAAAUUCGAAUCUUUGGAGCAGGAGGUCAACAUCCUUUCGUUAAUCGAUAUCCUAAACACCGGACAUGGGUUCCGUAAGGAGCUCCAUGAGGAUUCCGACCGUGGCGCUUUUGAGACGAUUGUCUUUGGUGUCAUGUCCUUCCACAUUUCCAGCACGCAAACGAACGCAGAAGGACUUUCCAAGUUGACAGCGUGGGAAGUUGGAUCUCAUUUCGGGAUUACAAUGCAAAAGGAUGUACCCUCACAGCUUGAACAUGUUACAAUGUCCAAACCUUCGGUUGCAUCCAAACUAGCGGGUCAAAUCCAGGGUGUGUUGAAUGAGACGGGGAAUAUUUUGAAACAAAAGGGAUUUGAUACCCUUGGAGCAUUUGUAGUCGAUGCCGCCAAGAAGAGUCAAGGAUCCGCAGAAAAGUUUUCAGAGAUUUUGAUCAACGCUUUCCCAGCUUUCCAGGAUGCUGCAGAGAUUGAUGGAGAGACUGUCUAUGUGUUCAAGAAGGCACUGUUGUUGGCCUCAACAUUGGAGCGUCGAUUUGGAUCGAGUGCUGAUUCUUUGUUUGCAUUCAAGGAUAUUGAGGGUAGCCCAAUCUUUGCAGACAAUGUGAUCCCAACGAUGAUGGUUCAUUUAGGGAUCCUGGAGUUGCCAGAGAAUUUGCAACAUACAAUGAAAGAAGGUGGAGUCACUACAGUCGAGGAAUCGUAUCGUCUUCGUGCAGCUGCCAUUGAUGGAUGCCGUGAGAUUGUGGAGAUUGCAAACAAUAAGAAUGGUGGUGACAAGAUCGGCACAGUGGAUUAUGGUGCCAAAGGAAUGUUGAAUGUGGAUUUGGAUGUCUAUUUGUGGAGGGUCGCAAAGGAGACUCAGUACAGAAAAGUGCCUCGAUUCGCUUGCAAAGACACUAUCUUUUUCUGAGUAAAUAAAUAAAAAUAGAUGAC